AUGGACCAUAUGUUAGAUGACAUUCGGGCAGGCACAUUUGCUGAUGUUCCCCAAGAUCAUCAUAAUCCAUUGCCAACUGGUGGAUCAAUACCAGAUCCCUCCGCAAGUUCAUCUUUUGAGCAGCUACUGGAGGAUGCCCGACGUCCACUUUUUGGAGGCUGUACAAAGUUCUCAAAACUUUCCUUCAUUGUUAAGUUGUUACACAUCAAGACACUCGGUGGCUGGUUAAUAAAGUCGUUUGAUAUGCUGCUUAACCUGUUGCGGUCUGCCUUUCCUGAUGCUGAAUUGCCACAUUCAUAUGAGGAGUCCCGGUCAUUGGAGCGGGGUCUGGGCAUGAAUUAUCACAAAAUUCAUGCAUGUCCCAAUGAUUGCAUCUUAUUCUGGAAGGGAAAUGCUGCUCUUAAUGAAUGUCCUAUCUGCAAAGCUUCAAGGUGGGUGCCUAAUACACACGGGGCUCGUCUUAUCCCUCAAAAAGUGUUGAGGCAUUUUCCUUUGAAGCCAAGAUUGCAACGUCUCUUCAUGUCCGCAAAUAUAGCACGUGAUAUGAGAUGGCAUAAAGAGCAACGACCAACUGAUGAGUCAUGUAUGAGACAUCCUACAGACGCAGAGUCCUGGAAGAGAUUUGAUGACGACCAUAGUUGGUUCGCACAGGAUGCUCGCAAUGUAAGACUUGGUUUGGCAAGUGACGGUUUCAAUCCUUUCAACAAUAUGGCUAAACCGUAUAGCAUUUGGCCAGUAAUAUUGGUUCCGUAUAACUUGCCGCCGUGGUUGUGCGUGAAGGACCAAUUCUUCAUGACAUCUCUCAUUAUUCCUGGGCCAAGAUCUGCAGGUAAUGACAUUGAUGUGUUUUUGCAACCGUUAGUCGAUGAACUGCUUGAAUUUUGGGAACAUGGGGUACCUACGUAUGAUGCCUCCACAAAGGAAACGUUCAUGUUGCACGCUGCUUUAAUGUGGACUAUCAAUGACUUUCCAGCAUAUGGAAUUCUUUCUGGGUGGUCAACAAAAGGAAAAUUGGCUUGUCCAUCUUGUAAUGACGGCACAGAAUCACAGUGGUUGAAGUAUGGUCGAAAACAUUGUUACAUGGGACAUCGUCGUUUCUUGCCUCCCGAGCACAUGUGGCGAACGAGAAAACAUUUGUUUAAUGGUAAAGAAGAUCAUCGACCACCACCAAGGAAAUUAGACGGAUCUGAUGUUUUAUCUCAGCUGCUGAUGCUUGGGGAUGUGCAAUUUGGUAAAUCUCAUCGAAAGAGAAAACGCACUAUUGAAGAGUUGAACUGGACAAAAUCUAGCAUUUUCUUCAAGCUACCAUAUUGGGUAACCCUGCGUCUUCGACAUAAUUUAAAUGUCAUGCAUAUUGAAAAGAAUGUUUUCGAUAACAUAUUGUGCACUUUAAUGAACAUGCCUGGUAAAAGUAAAGAUAAUAUCAAUUCUCGACGUGACUUGGAGAUUUUUGGAUUCAGAAAAGAAUUACAUUUGAAGUAUGAAGGUGAACGUGUUACAAUGCCACAUACAUCGUAUACAUUACACGGUGACGAAAGGAAGCAAUUUUGUUCAUGGCUGGCCGAUGUAAAAUUUCCAGAUGGCUUCGCUUCGAAUAUUUCGCAUUGUGUUUCUGUACGAGAUUGUAGAAUCUCAGGGUUGAAAAGCCAUGACUGUCAUGUUUUCAUGCAAAGACUACUUUCUAUUGCUGUUGGGGGGUUUUUACGGAGGGAUAUUGCAUUGGCCUUGACUGAAUUGUGCUCCUUCUUCAAGGGGUUGUGUGCCCGAACCUUGGUGUGGACCAAAUAUCUCAGUUCCAAACUGAUAUUGCUACAAUUUUAUGCAAAUUGGAGAUGA